AUAUUAUAUUUUUUAACUUUAAGAUCAUAACAAAAUGCAUCGUCAUCUUCGUCUUCUUUAACCUCCACCAUAUCCACAAACCAACCUGCUAUUGCUAAAUUCCUCAAUCACAGACUCCUGUUUCUUUCAAAACUAAUUUGCUGGGUUUUCUUCUCCUACCUUCAGAUAAAGUUUUGGAGAUAGAGAUAGAGGAAUUAUAAACAAAUGUGGGGAUUCGGAGGGAGAUUCUACUGGGGAAGGAGAAAUCAAGACGAAACAAGAGGAAACACCAAAGGAAUCGUGGUGGUAUUCGCAUGGAUGUCAAGUCAGGAUAAGCACUUGAAGAAUUACAUCCACCUUUACUCUUCCCUCGGUUGGGAUUCUCUCGUUUGCCAUUCUCAAUUCCUUAAUCUGUUCUUCCCAGAUAAGGCAGCAUCAUUGGCAUCAGACGUUCUAAGUGAGCUCAUUAAGGAGCUAAAAGAUAGACCAUGCCCGAUUGUUUUCGCAUCUUUUUCUGGUGGCCCAAAAGCUUGCAUGUACAAAGUUUUACAGAUAAUUGAUGGCAAGUGCACAAUUCAUAUAAAUCCGGAUGAUCUUCGAUUGGUUAGAGACUGUGUUUCUGGCCACAUUUAUGACUCUACUCCUAUCGAUUUUACAAGUGAUUUGGGUGUCCAAGUUUUGCUUCACCCGACCAUUCUAAAAGUGUCACGUCCCCCCGUCAUAGUGAGAUGGAUCGCGAACGGUUUCUCGUCUAGUCUUGAUGCGUUGUUCCUUACCAAAUUCGAGCUGCAACGUGCAGACUAUUGGCAAACCCUCUACUCCACUGUAGCCAUGGGAGCACCGUACCUCAUUUUGUGCUCCGAGAACGACGAACUUGCUCCUUAUCAAAUUAUCUGCAAUUUUGUUCAACGAUUAGAAAAUCUUGGUGGUGACGUUAAAUUGGUGAAGUGGAGUAACUCCCCUCAUGUAGGUCAUUACCGGCAUCACCCCGAGGAGUACAGGGCAGCUGUGAUCGAACUACUGACGAAAGCUGGAUCCAUAUAUUCCACAAGAGUUGAGCAGCAACUCAAAAGCAUAAACAAUGAGACCUCAGAGCCAGUGCACCACUUACAGGAACCAUUAGUUUCUGGCUCAAGAUACCACCAAAACUCGAAAAGACUGGCUCUUGAUUUGAACCAACGGAUGAUCGUUCCCAGAUCCAUGGCGUACGAUCAAGUUAGAGAGACGGGACCCGUGCAAGGUGAAGCCGAAGAACGUUUCAUUCGUCAAUCUGUGAUGGCUGAGAUGAACUGUGAUGGCAUUGUUGGUGAAAUCCUGUUUGAUGUUGGUGUCCUGAAGAACGUUGAAGAUUGGGAUUUGAGGUCAUUUGGGAGACAUUCCGACAUCAAUUUUAUAAAAUGCAUUCGAAGAUCGAAAAUGUAGUCAUAAUUAUAUGAUGUUGAUUUCAAGGGCCGUAACGAUAAUGAUAAUGAAAAUUAUAAAAAUUGAUUCGUUAUCUAUACUAUAUUAUAAAGCA